AAGGGGAAGUUGUGUAGGGGGAAAGUGAGCAGUCAUGCAGGCAGCAGCACCUGUUUAUCCCCUCAGGCUGCAUUAACCAAGACAUUGCCCAUGGAUGAGCUGGUACAUGACUUGGCCUCGGCCUUGGAGCAGACUUCGGAACAAAACAAGCUGGACGAGCUGUGGGAAGAGAUGGCUCUGAGCCCGCGGCAGCAGCGGCGUCAGCUUAGGAAGAGGAGGGGUCGUAAACGGCGCUCAGACUUCACGCAUCAGGCGGAGCAUGCCUGUUGUUACAGUGAGGCCUCAGAGUCAAGCUUGGAUGAAGCCAUGAAGGAUUGUCGUGAGGUCCUGACUGCCAACUUCAGUGACUCAGAUGAUAUGGCAGUGGCCAAACGUCACCCUGCUCUGAGUGCCACCCUAAGAAGCAAGCAGCACUCUUGGCACGAGUCAGACUCCUUUACAGAGAACGCGCCUUGCCGACCCCUGAGACGUCGCCGGAAGGUCAAGCGCAUGACCUCAGAGGUGGCUGCUAGCCUCCAGCAGAAACUCAGGGUAUCAGAGUGGAGUUAUGAGCGGGGCUGCAGGUUCAAGUCAGCUAAGAAGCAGCGCCUGUCGCGUUGGAAAGAGAAUGCCCCCUGGACGUCAUCCAGCCACGGCCUUUGCGAGUCAGCGGAGAACAGGCCCUUCCUCAACAAAGGAGGAAGAAAGGAGAGGAUGGAAUGUGAGGCGGAUGAACAGAAACAGGGCUCCGAUGAAAACAUGUCUGAAUGUGAAACCAGCAGUGUAUGCAGCAGCAGUGACACUGGCCUCUUCACCAAUGAUGAAGGCCGCCAAGGAGAUGAUGAGCAGAGCGAUUGGUUCUACGAGGGAGAAUGUGUUCCAGGAUUCACCGUCCCCAACCUCCUGCCCAAGUGGGGAGCUGAUCACCGAUCCGAGGUGGAGCGAAUGGACUCUGGCCUGGACAAACUCUCAGACUCCACAUUCCUUUUGCCCUCACGGCCAGCUCAGAGGGGCUUUCAUGCCCGUCUGAACCGUCUUCCAGGAGCUGCUGCCCGUUGUCUCAGGAAGGGUCGGAGGAGGCUCACUGGCAAGGAGACCAGCAUGAGCACUCUGGGUACUGAGAGGAUAGGUCAUAUCAUUAAUGACCCACGCCAAAAAGAAAACAACAAAGUACUGGCUUCAGAUUUCCCUCAUGUUGCGGCCUGUGUACAUGAGUUCAAUCCAUUAUCUCCUCUCUACUCUCUGGAUGUUCUUGCUGAUGCAUCCCACCGAAGAUGCUCACCGGCACACUGCACUGCCAGACAAACAAAUAUACAUCUGGGACCUCCUUGCUCAAGGGAUAUCAAGAGGAAACGAAAGCCAGCAGCAGCUACGGCCUCCAUUUCCAGUCUGACUUCAGCAACUUUACCUGUCCACAUGGAUGCAGCAGAUUCAGCCCUGCCGGCAACACAGUCCCAGAGGUCCCAGAGUUCUGACUGGACGGGUAGGACCCAGGCAGCUGAGAGAACCACUGCCAUGGCCUCUGCUAACUUUUUUAAAACGCCGCAAGAGAAGAGCCCUGGAUACAGUUAGAUGAAGGCAUCUCUCCUCAUAAGAGCCUGUUUGAACUCUGAAAUGUUGUACUUUGACAUAUGUCAACAUCCAAACAUCUUGUUUGGCAAUAACCAUGUCUUCAGUGUUGGUGUGUGAUACGCAUUGUCAUUCAGACUGAGCUGCGUGCCCCACAUCCCCAAAACACGUUUGUGAAUCAGUGUAAAAAGUAACUGUUGAUGUUGGGACUGUGGCAGCUUUUUAAAAUGUUCCUGCUAUUGCUGUGAGUAUUUAUUACGCACUCAUCUCCCAUCCAGCAUCUAUUAGCAUCUGCUGGGGUAUGUACAGAACCUUUUGGUUUCACAGAUGUUGAACUUUCUUGUGCAGCUGGUUACUCCUGGGGGCAUAUUAUUUGUUGCUGUAUUCAGCAUUUUUCAAGAGAAUCCCACUUCAGGUCUGGGGAGGUAAAACUGUCUCCGGCAAGGACAGAAAUAAAGGCCAGCAAGGAUCCAUGGUCAGAGGGGAAGAGGAGGGAGACAGAGAAUGCAAACCAGGUUUGAAGUGUGCAGCUUGAAUUCUGGAUUAAUAAAAUGUCCAGAAGCCUCUUGCUAAUGGACUUGAGUUAGGAUGGCUCUAGUGAAGCAGAUGUAUGGUUAUCCAUUCAGAAGUCCUCUUGGCUUACAAGCAGCAUGGCUUUUCAGAGCUGUUACUCUCCCAUGUGUGGAGUGUGUUUAGUCUUGCCUCAGUAUUGUAUAUUCUUCCUCAUAUCUCCUGCUGGACAAGAGAUUGGCAGAACUCAUUAGACAUAAAUGAGCAGGCUAGUGUUAUGAGCGGGAUCAAGUGGCUGUAAAAUGUCCUGUAAGAAAUGCGUCCAUGGGAAGUGACAGAGGAAAUGCUAGUCUACCUUUAGUGGAUGCUCAUUUUCAGAAGCUGCUGCAAGCAUCCCCCAGGACACUUGAAGUCAAAGUCCAGGUGCCAUUGUACUUACUGAAAGCCAUUUAAAGUAUUGGUUGAGUUCAAAACACUCUCUCUGUAGAGACUGGACCAUUUCUUGUGUCUCAUUCUUCCUACUUUCUUCAGAAAGUACUGUUUUGCAGUGCAUAUUGGGAGGGUCUCUCUGUCUGUACUUGAUUGUAGUCCAUUCUGCAAUAUAUAUAGGAGGAGGGUUCCCUCUAUCUCUGAUAGUAUUUCACUUUGCAGUAUUUAUAGGAGGGAUCCUCUUCUUCCCACAUCUCUUUCCCUUUAUCCCUAACUGCCCUCUGCCUUCCAGUGUAGAUGGGGGAUUUUUCCCUCUUUCUCAUUUCCUAUAUCUCUGAGCACGCUCGGCUUGUUUCUGCAUCUUUUGAAUGACCUGUCUGCAGCUUCACUUUGCUUUAUUUGAUAAUAUGCCUGUAUAGCAUAUACAAAGGGGCUAUUACAGGCUCGCUUGACAGCCCAAGUAGUUCUGUAGGCUCUUGAACAUUUUCACAUUGGUGGCACUUGUCAGGAUGCACCCUUCUACUUGUUGGGUGGGUGGAGCUUCAGACAGGACCCUCUAUUUAAGUAUGUAAAUAAGCUUUAAAUGUAAGGGUACAGGGAGCACUUGUAUGUGUAGAUUAUGGAUUUGCAUGUUUCACUUGCUUUGCAGUACUCUGCUCUCAGUAUCCUAUAAAUCAGUUCACUGAGGGGUAGGUUUGAUUGUGAACCUAUAAGACAAUGUUUUAAUCACUUUUAAUUUUUUUGUGGGGGGGAUUAAAAUGUUAAAUGGCCAACUCUAAAACCACAUAAAUCUCCAUAUUUUACAUAACACAAAAAUAAAUUAUAGAGUCAAACAACAAUCUAAAUCACUGACAAAAUCAAUUAUAUUACAGAGGCAUUGUCUAGAUUUGCUCCAUAGAUGCCUGGUUAUUCUUGAGGGGAGGCCCAAAUUGGAUUUGUAUUUUGCAGUCCAAGCAAGCUGUCAGUUUUGUCCAUAUACAAAUCUUUCUCAAAAUGUCAUAGCUUUUUCUGAUGCAUAUUGCAAAUGAAUUAGGACAGGGAAAGCCUUUUUCCCCUGCUAAAGGAGUACAGAGGUGAAAGAUUAGUUUGGAUUAUCUAUGAGAGAACUGAAGGGCUUUGCGGGGAGAGAAAUACUCAUGUUUUAAGUUAGCGUUUUUACAUAGCUUCAUUUUGCAUCAGUACCAGCCUUAUUUGUGAUUCUUAACAAAUGAUAAGUUCCUAGGAAAAUAGGGCUAGAAGGGACCUAAUGAGGUCAUUUAGCUCGGUUCCCUGCUCAAGGCAGGAGCAUUGCUGACUCAACGAUCUCAGCCAAGUGUCUGUCCAACCUACCCUUGAAAAUUUCCAAGGAUGGUGAUUUCACAACUUUAAGUAUCCUGUUCUGGUGCCUGAACAUCCUCAUAGUCAAAUGUCCUUGAAAUCUCCAACCUAAAUUUUUCUGUACUGCAGCUUCAGUCCUUAAAGUUCAGCCAGUUCUGCUAGACUCUUUUUCCCCUCAGACUUGCCUCCCAGGGGAUCCUGCCCACCAAUUCCCUGAGUUUGUUGAAGUCUGCUUUAUUGAAGACCAGGGUCUGUCUUCUGCUGUUCUCCUUCCUUCCCCCUUUUAGGAUCAUUUCAUGUUCACUGUCAUCCAAGUUGCAUUCCGCCUUAACUUUCUCAACCAAUUCCUCCUUGUUUGUGACCAGUAACUCCAGAAUAGUUUCCCCCUCUAUCUGGCUUCUCUACCGUCUACCUUUCUACUACCUGUAUCGAAAAGGUAUCUCCAGUAAACUCCAGGAAUUGAUGAUAACUCUUUAUUAAUAAUAAAGCCUUUUAUUGUUUGGGAGCAAAAUAGGCUUCUAACUUGAUUCUUAGUCUUGGAAGCCAUUAUUAUAGUAGAAAGGUCCAUAAGAAAUUGUGUUUGCUUAAUACAAAGGGGAGCAGAGCUAGGGGCUUUAUAUUGAAGAGUGAGGCAGGUGUGAUCAUUGGGAAUCUGACAGAUAAGACACACAGCUGCCUCUCUGUUAGUAAUGCAGUGACAGGUUGCAGGUGCACUGGAAUAGGUGGAGUUGUCACAUGGUACCAUAUUUCAGUCAUGGUGCCUACAUAAUUUUUUAAAGGUUUGUUUCCAUGAAUGUGUGCAUGCAUACUUUUUAGAACAAGCUGAAAGUGUGUCCAUGGCUGCCUCCUGAAGUAAAGUGAGAUCAGUGAUUUUGGUACUAUUUGGCUAUCUUCUUGGGCCUUCAUCAUAGUGAUGAACACCUUUAGAGCAACCCAGGGUGGCUGAUCUGCCUAAAAGCUCACUCUGGGGAAAGAAUGGCCGAAUUUGGAUUAUUUAGUGUAGAAAAGAUAAAACUGAGGAAAGACUUGAUGACGGUCUUCUUCAAAUACAAAAAGAGCUGUUUAAAAAGGAGAUAGACAUAAUGGAUAAUUAGUUUCUUCAGGGGACAGGACAAGGAGUAAUAUAUUUAAAUUGCAACAAGGGAGAUUUAGGUUGGAUAUUAGGAAGAAGUUUCUCACUAUGAGGGUAGCUAAACACUGGAGUGGAUUACCUAGACGGAGAUGUAUUCUCUCUGGAAUUCUCUUAUGUGCCGGCUAUACGGACAUGUUCCUGGCUGAGAUGGAUGAAUCCUGUUGUGUGCUUGGAGGGCUGGACUAGAUAACCUUUUAAGGUCCCUUCCAGUCCUACUUUUCUUUGGUUCCUAAAAACAGGAAAAUGCUUAGAAACAGUUUAUUUCAGGAAUGUGUAUUCAUAAAAGGCAUCAUCUAGUUGAGGCUUAGCAGUGGUGCAUAGGAUGUCUAUUUGUUAGGUUACUGAUUAGAUUUCAUCCAAGGCACUAGUAAUCAAACAAAUGGCCAUUUUUCCAGUCUUUGGUAGCUUUUAUGAAGAUCACUCAUGAUCUUGUUCUGUUCUUAAUUGUCCUGCAAAUACGUGUCCCUUGUUGAAUGCUACCAGUAUGCUUGGUUGUGUACGAAAUGCACUGGGCUGACAUCUCCUAUCUAGUAGAGUUUACAGUUUAAACUAGAAAAAGACUGUAUAUUAAAACAAAAACAUACAAUUUCCAUUGGUAGUAAUUACUACUAGGAUUAACAGCCUCAGAGGAUUCAAAAGAUUGAUUGAGGGGUGGGGAAUGGGUUGUACACUGGGAAU